AGGCGGACUGUGGCUCAUGACAGUAAAGCCCUUGACUCAGUGUGUCUUUGGUUAAUCUGUAACCGCUGCUGAUGACUAGCUGGACUUAAGUAAAGAAGCAGAGGACCGAGGACCUCAUUCUGAACCUCAGUCAGUCACUGCGGACACAAAAGAGAGAGAAUCAUUAGAGGGUAAAAUGCAGAAGCUACGAUCACAUCUUCUAGUGGCCGUGAUUUGUUGCUGGAUUUCUGGAAGCCAAGCCAACCGGGUCUACAUUCACCCCUUUCAUCUUUUCGCUGUCGAGAAUGUCAGCUGUGAGACUCUGCAGAGCUCAGCUAUAAAGCCCCUUGAGACCAUAUCUAUAGAGACCCUUAAUAUUGAGGUUUUGACCCCAGACAACAGGGACCAAUCAAAUCUGGACACACAGAAGCAGAACAUGACAGAGAGGACAGCGGUUCUGGCUGGACUGCAGAACCCUCUCGGCCUGAGGAUGUACCAAGCUCUCAGCAGGAAACAGAACAGCACCAACACCCUCUUCUCGCCGGUCAACACAUUUGGGUCACUUGUUGCCUUCUACCUGGGAGCUUCUAAGAAGACGGCACGUUCUUUCCAGGAAUUUCUUGGCCUCAGUAGUGGUACAGACAGAGAAGACUGCAUUUCUUUAGUAGAUGGACAUAAGAUCCUCAGUACACUACAAGGCAUUAACUCCCUGCUGGACAAUGGGCCUACAGAAGAAAUCAUCACCCAGGUCUGGGCCUUCGUCCGGAGUGACGCUCAGCUAUCCAGAGACUUUAUUCAAGGAACAAAAGACUUCUCAGAUACUUCGUUUAUCCGAGGUAUAGACUUCUCGAAGUCUGAAGAGGCGGAGACACUGGUGAACAGCUUUGUGGAGAAAACAUCAGACAGGAAAGUGAAGAACAUCUUCAAAGACCUGAAUCCAAGAAAUAACCUUCUUUUCAUCUCAUCCUUCCGCUUCAAAGGCAACUGGAUGACGGCUUUCCAACCAGAUAAGACCUCCAUGGAAGAGUUUCACGUGGAUGAAACAACAAAAGUAAUGACUUCAAUGAUGACACGCACAUAUCACUACCACUACCUGAAUGAUAAGGUGAACAAGUGCACUGUUGUGAAGCUGUCACUCAAUAAACAGUCCCACAUGUUGCUCAUUCUACCUCACGAAGGAACUUCCCUCGGUCAUAUAGAGUCCAAACUGCUCACAAACCUCAUGGUUGGCUGGAACAAGAACUAUCAGGAAGGUUUGUUGGAGCUGUCUCUCCCGAAGUUCUCCAUAUCUUCUGUGAUUGACAUCCGUGACCUGCUGACCACCAUGAAUCCACCACUUGAGCCCAACAGUGUGGGCUCCCAGGCUGAGUUCAGCCAGCUCAGCAACAUCAAACCUUUCUCCAUAGAUAAGGCCAUCAACAAUGUGAUGUUUGAGAUGUCAGGGGAUGGAGCAGAACCUCAGGAUAGGACCCCAGAAGCAGGCGUCCCUCUGAAGCUGUCCAUCAACAGGCCGUUCUUUUUCUCUGUCAUAGAGGGGUAUUAUGAGUCCAUCCUGCUGCUGGGCAAGAUCACCAAUCCUACACUCUGAAGGUGUUUCAUACUGAACAAAACCUUGGAUACAACAGAUGUUCAGACCACAAAACUGCUGCGUCUGAAAAAAAUGACCAAAUGGUAUAGAUGAGAGAUGAAGCUAAAGCUAAAAUCUCUUACAGUCUUCAACAGUGUUACGGUUUUUAAAGGUCAGCAUACAGAAGGUUACUGGAAUUAUUGGAGGUCCCAUUGUAUUAUUUAUGGAUAGACUUCUUUAUGUUUAUUUUUCAGAUUAAACUAGUUUAAAACCUAUUGGCCUUUUUUGUAAUAUUUACUUUGAUGAUGUCCCUUUCCAUUAGGCAUAGUAUGAACAGUUGCCUAUUUGAAAUAAAGGACUUUUUGAAAUAUUGUA